AUGUGGGAGCACUGGGACUCAUGGACUGAGGACAAGGGGUUUAUGGACCCCUCCAUGAAUUCAUUCAAUCACUUUGGUAUGGGAUCUAUCGGCCGAUGGAUCUACCAAUACGUGGCCGGUAUUGACACCGACGACCAAAUGGUGGGCUUUAAACGCAUCAAAAUACAGCCCAACCCCGGAAAUGGUGUCUCGUUUGUGAAGUCCUCUUAUAAGUCAAUCAAUGGGUUCAUUGAGAACUCGUGGCAAACAAUAGGCAAUCAAUUCGUGUUAAAUACAACAAUUCCCGUCAAUACUAUGGCUUCUGUUGACCUAACCUUUGCUAAGAGUGGGAAAGUGCAUGAAGUAGGCUCCGGGACCUAUACUUUCAAAGUCAUCAUGGAUUAA